AUGGAACAAGGGUGGGAUCCGACUGGUUGUGCACAUGGCAAGAAACAGAGGAGCGAUGCUAGCAGAGAGGGUGAGCUGUGGAGCGAUGCUAGCAGAGAGGGUGAGCGUUGCGAGGGAGUCCAUACCAAGGGCGGCUUGGAAGCGGUGGCCUGCCGUGUGGCGGUGGAUGGCUGCUGCUGUGCGCGCGAUGGUGCUGCCUGUGAGGGCGCACUAGAGGCAUGGAGGGGAUGGGGCAAGGCAAGUGCAGCAGCGCACGGUGCUGCAAGGUGCUGCAAGGUGCUGUGCGUCUGUGAGAGGAACGGGGUGCAGACAAGAGAGCUGCUGCUGUGGGAAGAUGCGGGCAUGGGUGCCAUCGGUGCCAUGGGUGGUAUGGGUGGCAUGGGUGGUAUGGGUGGCAUGGGUGGCAUGAGUGGCAUGGGUGGCAUGGGUGGUAUGGGUGGUAUGGGUGGCAUGGGUGGUAUGGGUGGUAUGGGUGGCAUGGGUGGUAUGGGUGGUAUGGGUGGCAUGGGUGGUAUGGGUGGUAUGGGUGGCAUGGGUGGUAUGGGUGGUAUGGGUGGCAUGGGUGGUAUGGGUGGUAUGGGUGGUAUGGGUGGUAUGGGUGGUAUGGGUGGCAUGGGUGGUAUGGGUGGUAUGGGUGGCAUGGGUGGUAUGGGUGGUAUGGGUGGCAUGAGUGGCAUGGGUGGUAUGGGUGGUAUGGGUGGCAUGGGUGGUAUGGGUGGUAUGGGUGGCAUGGGUGGCAUGGGUGGUAUGGGUGGUAUGGGUGGCAUGGGUGGUAUGGGUGGUAUGGGUGGCAUGGGUGGUAUGGGUGGUAUGGGUGGCAUGGGUGGUAUGGGUGGUAUGGGUGGCAUGGGUGGUAUGGGUGGUAUGGGUGGCAUGGGUGGUAUGGGUGGUACGGGUGGUAUGGGUGGUAUGGGUGGCAUGGGUGGUAUGGGUGGUAUGGGUGGCAUGGGUGGUAUGGGUGGUAUGGGUGGCAUGGGUGGCAUGGGUGGUAUGGGUGGUAUGGGUGGCAUGGGUGGUAUGGGUGGUAUGGGUGGCAUGGGUGGCAUGGGUGGUAUGGGUGGUAUGGGUGGCAUGGGUGGUAUGGGUGGUAUGGGUGGCAUGGGUGGUAUGGGUGGUAUGGGUGGCAUGGGUGGUAUGGGUGGCAUGGGUGGUAUGGGUGGUAUGGGUGGCAUGGGUGGUAUGGGUGGUAUGGGUGGCAUGGGUGGUAUGGGUGGUAUGGGUGGUAUGGGUGGUAUGGGUGGUAUGGGUGGCAUGGGUGGUAUGGGUGGUAUGGGUGGCAUGGGUGGUAUGGGUGGUAUGGGUGGCAUGGGUGGUAUGGGUGGUAUGGGUGGUAUGGGUGGUAUGGGUGGCAUGGGUGGUAUGGGUGGUAUGGGUGGCAUGGGUGGUAUGGGUGGUAUGGGUGGCAUGGGUGGCAUGGGUGGUAUGGGUGGUAUGGGUGGCAUGGGUGGUAUGGGUGGUAUGGGUGGCAUGGGUGGCAUGGGUGGUAUGGGUGGUAUGGGUGGCAUGGGUGGUAUGGGUGGUAUGGGUGGCAUGGGUGGUAUGGGUGGUAUGGGUGGCAUGGGUGGUAUGGGUGGUAUGGGUGGUAUGGGUGGUAUGGGUGGCAUGGGUGGUAUGGGUGGUAUGGGUGGCAUGGGUGGUAUGGGUGGUAUGGGUGGCAUGGGUGGCAUGGGUGGUAUGGGUGGUAUGGGUGGCAUGGGUGGUAUGGGUGGUAUGGGUGGCAUGGGUGGCAUGGGUGGUAUGGGUGGUAUGGGUGGCAUGGGUGGUAUGGGUGGUAUGGGUGGCAUGGGUGGUAUGGGUGGUAUGGGUGGUAUGGGUGGCAUGGGUGGUAUGGGUGGUAUGGGUGGCAUGGGUGGUAUGGGUGGUAUGGGUGGUAUGGGUGGUAUGGGUGGUAUGGGUGGCAUGGGUGGUAUGGGUGGUAUGGGUGGCAUGGGUGGUAUGGGUGGUAUGGGUGGCAUGGGUGGUAUGGGUGGUAUGGGUGGUAUGGGUGGUAUGGGUGGCAUGGGUGGUAUGGGUGGUAUGGGUGGCAUGGGUGGUAUGGGUGGUAUGGGUGGCAUGGGUGGCAUGGGUGGUAUGGGUGGUAUGGGUGGCAUGGGUGGUAUGGGUGGUAUGGGUGGCAUGGGUGGUAUGGGUGGUAUGGGUGGCAUGGGUGGUAUGGGUGGUAUGGGUGGCAUGGGUGGUAUGGGUGGUAUGGGUGGCAUGGGUGGUAUGGGUGGUAUGGGUGGUAUGGGUGGCAUGGGUGGUAUGGGUGGUAUGGGUGGCAUGGGUGGUAUGGGUGGUAUGGGUGGUAUGGGUGGUAUGGGUGGUAUGGGUGGCAUGGGUGGUAUGGGUGGUAUGGGUGGCAUGGGUGGUAUGGGUGGUAUGGGUGGUAUGGGUGGCAUGGGUGGUAUGGGUGGUAUGGGUGGUAUGGGUGGUAUGGGUGGCAUGGGUGGUAUGGGUGGUAUGGGUGGCAUGGGUGGUAUGGGUGGUAUGGGUGGCAUGGGUGGCAUGGGUGGUAUGGGUGGUAUGGGUGGCAUGGGUGGUAUGGGUGGUAUGGGUGGCAUGGGUGGCAUGGGUGGUAUGGGUGGUAUGGGUGGCAUGGGUGGUAUGGGUGGUAUGGGUGGCAUGGGUGGUAUGGGUGGUAUGGGUGGCAUGGGUGGUAUGGGUGGUAUGGGUGGCAUGGGUGGCAUGGGUGGUAUGGGUGGCAUGGGUGGUAUGGGUGGCAUGGGUGGUAUGGGUGGCAUGGGUGGUAUGGGUGGUAUGGGUGGCAUGGGUGGUAUGGUUGGCAUGGGUGGUAUGGGUGGCAUGGGUGGUAUGGGUGGUAUGGGUGGCAUGGGUGGUAUGGGUGGCAUGGGUGGUAUGGGUGGUAUGGGUGGUAUGGGUGGUAUGGGUGGCAUGGGUGGUAUGGGUGGUAUGGGUGGUAUGGGUGGUAUGGGUGGCAUGGGUGGUAUGGGUGGCAUGGGCGAACCCCAAACGGCACUUCGCUGGCUAGACCCACCCCCUCACGUUAUCAUUCACCUUCACCCCACACACCCACCGUUUUCUACCUCCAGCUCUCAGAGUUUUCUAGCCACAGCUACCAUGUCUACUCCAACUUCCACUCCCGCGAGCGGCACCGCUGGUGCGGAUGCAAGUGCCGAGGCCUCCACCGCGCAGGAGUUUCAGCCCGAUACCAACCAUGUGGUGUUCAAGCACUUUCGCGUCCCCAUCCGCGAGGGCGUGAAGGGCGUUCCGCGCAUUUGCAAGCACUGCAAGCUGGAGUCCGUCGGCGGAGCCUACCGCUGGGCGCAGCACAUCGUCACCUGGAAGGGCAUGCGUCGCCGCGAGGUGCGCCUCUGCAAUGCUUUUCCUUCAACGGCCCGCAACGAAAUCCGUGCUCUUUAUGAGAAGAAGCAUUCCUCUCGCGACUUCAAGCGGCAGGCGGAGGAGUUCGCCCUGGAGGCUGUUUCUGGACGCGCGAAACAAGCCCGCAUCAGCGACACCUAUGGCGACGCGGCUGCUUGCGCGAAGACAGAUGCGGACGACGCCAUCUGCCUUUCGGGGGCCGGCCUGCGCCUCCCAGAGCACCACGCGGACCACGUUUUGUGGCGGAACGCUGUCCGUUGCAUCAACAACGCGCCAAAAGGUUACGUUCCCCCUCGUCGCCGCUACGUCGGAGGUGCGGGGUUGCAGAAGACCUGCAAGAGGAUUGAGCAAGGCCUUUCCCCGAUCGUCGCCAGCUGGAAGCGUGACGGUGUCACGAUCUCGUCCGACAUCAUGACCGACAAGAAUGGCCGCCCCCAGGCCAACGUCUUGCUCAUCAACGACUACGGCGCGGUCUUCACCGAGAGCGUCGAUUGCAAGCUGGGGCAGAAGACGAGGUCCUACAUCGCCGGCGUCCUCCGCCCCAUUGUGAAGAAAGUCGGCCCCGAGCACGUGGUGUCUCUCUGCGUGGACGGCGGGAGCAAUUACGCAAGCGCCUUCAAGGAUUUGGCGCUUGAGUGGCCCCACAUUGAGUUCGUGCCGUGCGCGACGCACGUCAUGGACCUGCUCAUGGAGGAUGUGGGGCGAAUGGAUUGGGCAAAGAACGUCGUGGAGCGGGCCAACGAGAUCAUCACCUACGUGCGCAGCCAUCACUUCACCCGCGGGUACCUGAGGAGCCCGCAAGUGCAGGGGGGAAAAGGGAAGCAAGUGCUGAAGCCCGCGGGCACAAUGUUUGGCACGCAGUUUAUUGCUGUUUCUCGGCUUUGUGAGGUGCGGGUCUCUCUCGUGCAGAUGGUGCUGAGCGAGGAUUGGGUGGAGUUUGCGAAAACAAGGAAAGAAGGCGCCGCCAGCUUCAAGUCCAACAUCAUGGAUGACCCGUGGUGGAAGAAGGCUUCUUACUUCAGCGCGUUGUUGAAGCUGCCGUUCGUCGUGAUGCGCGCCACCGACUCAACCAAGAAAGGCAUGAUGGGGCGCAUCUACAACAUGAUGCUUCAACUCACUGAAGAUGUGAACGCCAAGCUUGAAGAGGCGGACGAGGUGCUGACCCAGGCUGACAAGGCGGAGAUUACCAAGAUCGUGGGCCGCCGCUGGGAUGGGAGCAUGGCAUGUGCCAUGCAUGUUGUGGGGCGGAUCCUGAACCCCCUCAACCAAGAGGAAGGUAUCUUCCGCAGCGACUUGGAGUGCACCCGCAUCUUCAAGUCUUACAUCAACCGCCACUACGACGGCAUCACCAUCACGCGGAAGGAUGGUGAGGAGCGCCGGGCCGCCCAUGUCCUGCAGGAGGGGCUGGAGGCAUUCAUGACGCUUCAGGGAAGUUUCGGCCUGCCUGAGGCGAUUUCUGACCGUGAGCUCGUCAAGGCAGGGAAGAAGACCAUGGUCCAGUGGUGGACCUGGCACGGCACCGACAACCCAGAGCUGACUGCCCUGGCUUGCCGGGUCCUCUCCCAGCCCGUUUCCGCCGCUGCAUGCGAGCGGAAUUGGGCUAUGUGGGACGCUGUCCACACCGCACGGCGCAACAGGUUGGGGUCCGAAAAAUGCCGCGACCUAGUCUUUGUUGCGCACAAUUGGAACAUUGUGCACAACUGGCACAAGGCCGAGGAGGGGAUGGGGGCAUUGCCGAGGAACAUUCCGGAGCCUCCCAUCCCUGAGGGGUACAAGGAAGAUCGGGAGGAGGAGGUGGAGGAGGGGGAGGAUGACGCGAUGCAGGAUGAGUAUGUUGAGUAG